GAAGCAGAGUAGACUCGAGGGCGGCUAUUUUCCAUGCGGAGAGAAGAUGGCGAUGGUGGCUUCCCCGAACCCCGACACGGAGACUGAAAUCGACCACAAUGAUAGCCCUAAUCCUUCUGACGGACUAAACCCUCCUGGGACCCCUUUAGUAUGCCUUCUGAGGUUCGCCGGAGACUCGGCGGCUGGUGCUUUCAUGGGUUCAAUCUUCGGCUACGGUUCAGGAUUGCUCAAAAAGAAAGGUUUUAAAGGAUCAUUUGCAGAGGCCGGAUCUUCUGCAAAGACGUUCGCAAUUUUAUCAGGAGUUCACAGUUUGGUUAUCUGCUUCUUAAAGAAGCUGCGAGGAAAAGAUGAUGUUAUAAAUGCUGGAGUUGCUGGAUGUUGCACGGGUCUUGCUCUGAGUUUUCCAGGUGCACCUCAGGCCCUUCUCCAAAAUUGUCUGACCUUUGGGGCAUUCUCAUUCAUCAUUGAAGGCCUCAAUAAGCGGCAGUCAGCACUCGCACACCCGUUAUCAAUGAGUGACAGAGGACAUCCUGAUGUUCUGCCUCCAUUCACGCUUCCUCUUCCUAUUGAAUUAAAAGAUGGCUUCUUUGCCUUCUGUCAAUCCUUGAGGAAGUCCAAGAAUGGUGCACGGCCAACCUGACUAAUGUAAUGCAAGAGUGUAUCGACAGUUGUUUGUCAUCAUUCUCCAGAGUAUUGUCUUUUGGGUGCUAGGACAUGUAGAUUGUAGAGGGAGAGAAGCAUUUCUUUCUUCAUAAGGUCCAUAGUCUGGGUAUGUAUCCUCAAACUCUUGCUAAUCAAGGCACGUAUCAGGCUAUCAGCAAAAAAACAAAGCACUUGUUAGUGAUAGAACAUCCAUUUUUGUAAAUCUACCUCAGCUUCUUCCUAUUUAGCUGUAGGAAGGUGGUUCAUA